CUUAAUUAUAUUAAAAAUUAUAUUGAAAGAUUUCGUGGGUGCAACCUCGGUCAGCUGUACGUUCGAUUCCGACCUAUGCGGCUGGCAUAUUGUUGGGUCAGGCAAGUUCAGGUGGAAGAGGGGCAGUGGUAUGACUGAUGAUCGAUCUUCCGGUCCUCUUAACGACCAUACAUGUGCAAAUUACCAAGGCAAAUAUAUGUUCAUAUCCGGAGGAGAUGCCGAAAGCAUCAAUGACAUUGCAGUAUUGGAGAGUAAACAAUUCAAUAUUAGUAAGGAGACAACAUUUACGUUUUGGUACACUAUGAACGGUUAUGGUUCUGGGUUAUUAACGUUGACUAUCAUAGCGGACAACAAACCAACUGAAGUAUGGAAGAUAGAAGGAAGGCAGGGUAAAGACUGGCUCAAUCAUUCAGUCACACUUAAACCUGGGACGUUGAAGUUACAAUUCAAAUCAACCGUAAGAAUUCCAGUUGGUAGUGACCUUGCCAUUGAUGAUUUACAUCUUUUGUCAGAAUAUAUCGAAGAGAAGAACAAAACUCAUUGCCAAACUUCAACAACAACACGCACUGCGACAACAACGCAAUCGACAACUACGUCGACGACAACAACAACUUCUCUACCUACAACAACUACGGAGGAGCAAAAGAACAAAACUCAUAAAUUUUCAUCUCUUACAACAUAUGGUUCAUCUUAUCCGUCGUCGUCGGCAUCACUUUGUUCCAGGUUUGCCGGGAGAACCAGGAUAAUGCCCGGCACGUGUGAUUUUGAGAAUGGUACGUGUGGUAAUAAAAUCAUCGCCAGUCAAGCAAAUCGAGAAGUGACAUGGGAGAGAACGGAUAAAAUGGAAGGAAAUAAAUAUCAAGAUGACUUUAUUAUUGGAGACCAUACAUUCCAAACAAACGGUACCAGAGGGAAAUAUCUCUUAUUUAAAAAUUCAUGGGGUUGGUCAAAUCCAAAGCGUAUUGCAAGCGUAGAAACACCUGCCAUUUACGCGACGUUCGCUUGUGUGACAUUCUGGUAUACUGUCCCAUCUAAGUAUUCUAAUGUUAAAGUCUUAAUCCGAGACUAUACCGGCAGAUUGACAACACUGUGGGAAGUGGAUAAUUUUUUUCAGAAUAAGAGAGCAUCUAAUAUGACCGGCUGGCAUAAGCAAAUAUUAUCAGUGUUUGAGGAUCCGCCAUUUACGGUAGUAUUUCAGGCUUACAAUAAUUAUCAUUUGGCCAAAGUUGGAUUAGAUGAUAUCAAGAUACUCGGUGCUAAUAUAUCAACUGGUAUGACAAGACCAGCCUCCGACAAAACAGUAGCAACACAGAUGUCUCCUGGUACGACCAAAAUGUUUACAACAACGACAGAAUUACCAAAGUCAACGAAACAAGCUGCGUCACUAACCUCAGUAAAGCAAACACCGCCCAACACACAAAAUAAAAUAUCAACCAGUAGUCCAUAUGUGAGAUCUACCGAGAAAGGACACACAAAGUCAACCGUAAGCCAUACAAAGAAAGCAACUGAGAUAAACGACGAGGAAAGUGAUACUGAGAAGCAGUCAAAGGAGUCGGAGGACAAUGGGAAAACGUCUACUGUUGUCGGUGGUGUUGUUGGCGUUCUUCUAGUCUUGAUUCUAAUUAUUGUUAUUGCCUACGCCAUAAAUGAUCAGAAACACAGACGAAACAGACUAACACAAACACAAGAAAAGUUGAACGGAAAACACCACCAGAACUCAAAUGGCAAAGUAUCAAAUGGGGCUUUAAAUUCAGAAGUGCACUUACACGUGGAUGUAGGCAAUGAAAAACCAAAAUCUAACGGACAUGCAACAACUAUCAAUGAAACCACAGCUGCUUUCUGUGUGAAUACAGUUUAUUCUAAUUUACAACAUAGUGAACAAAUGAACGGCAACGUAAAUUUCAACAAUCACCCACCACUUACUACAGAUAUCACAGAAAUGUCUGUCAAAUUGUAGCAUUAAAACAUUUAUUCUGUUUUCGUCUUUUUACAAACAAAAGGGUUUACUGAAUGAAUUGAUUUGUAUUUGCUCCGUAUUUAUUAGCUUGAGUGUGAACAAGUUAACAUGACCCGAUGUUUCACAAACAGAAUAAUUUAGAAAGUGCAUAGUUUCCAGUUUAACUGACGACGUUGCAAAUGAAAAAUGUAUGUGAUGUCAAUUGACUGAUCAUAUGGCUGGUGUUGUUCUCAGGCUUCAAAUUAAGCUCAUGACCAUUUGUAUCAUAAACUCUUUUCAUUUUGUUACAAACUAUUUCCAUAUAUAUUUUGUUUCGUUUUUAUGUAAAUUUUGUAUUGACAUUCUAUUAAAACGCUUUGUUGUCUA